UUUCUUUACAACAACGUUGCUAACUCUGAUUGCAUGGAAGGUUAUUAUGAGUGCUGAAAUAGGCGUUACUCUGCAAGAAUUUCAAAAACAAUGUAGAAUAAAUAAAGUAAAAAAGUGGGAAAGGUUUUCAGAAUGGAUUAAAUGCAUUUGCGUGGUAACAUUUGAUCUAAAUUUAGGACAAGUACUAGAGUUUGUAUAUCCCCCCGAAUUUGUCCCAAAAGAACAAGAGGCGAGUAACAUUUGUUAUAUGGCAUUUCCUGAUUCGAAUUCCGGAUGUAUGGGAGACACUAAAUUCCAUUUUAGUUUAAGAGCAGUAGAUAAACCAUCUAUCUCUAAAAGCAUUUCUGUAGCGGAGAGUACAGCUUUAAAUGAAUAUUCACCAGUUAGGGCCUCAAAUCAAUCACACUUUUGGGGCUUUGUAUAUUUUCGUCAAAAAAAAGAUUCAAAUAUUCCGCGUGGGUAUUUUCAAAAAAGCUUUAUUAUAAUGACAUCUUUACCAUAUUAUAAUUUGUUUUUUGAAGUACUAACACAGUUAGCACCUAAAUACUUCAGUGAUGGGAAUAUUGUUAUAAAGAAUGCGUGUCAAUUAAUUAACCGAGAGUGGCCUUCACCUCAGGCUGGGGUUCUUUCUUUAAAUUUGUUUGAAUAUAAUUACCAAAUAUUUCUUCCAAAAAUGCAUAGUGAAAAUAUUCAGAAUAAAAAAAAUAAUAAUUUGAAAUUACCCAAUUCUAACAAGGAAAUAAAUUUGACAUCUAAAAUUAUUUACUCUGUGAAUGAGUUCGACUUAUUUAGUAGCUUAGAAUUCAUAUUAGAAAAUUUAUAUACAAUAUGGGAGCUAGUAUUAACUGCUGAACCGAUUAUAGUUGUUGGAACCUCACCUGCAGAUUGUUCUAUUAUGGUACAAACACUUAUUGCAUUAAUAAAUCCCUUACAAUAUUAUGCGGAAGCCAGACCUUACUUCACAAUACAUGAUAGUGAAUUUAAAGAAUUUACGAAAAAAUAUAAAAAUGCGUAUUCUCCUGUAAUAUUAGGUGUUACCAAUCCAUUUUUUGUGAAACUUCUUACAGAUUGGCCGCAUAAAAUUCUUCUUGCUGAUAAUCAGAUCAACUUGCAACAACAUAUACACAGCAAAUAUAUGAACACAAAUAAUUCAAAUACAUCUGGUAACAAUUUCGACAAAACACCUCUCGGGAACAAAACUAUUCCUGCCAAUUUUGGUGCAAUAAGUAGCGAUGCCUUAGCACCAGGACUUUAUACAAAAUAUAGACCAUUCUUAAAAAAAGAUAAGACUCUUUUAAAUAAAGUAUUACAUGGCAUAAAAACGAACAGACCAGCGCAUGUUCAAACUGCACUCAUACGCCGUAAUCUUUUGGAACUAACUCAAAGCUUUAUGAUACCGUUAGAACGUUAUGUCGCUUCGCUAAUGCCUUUACAAAAAACAAUAAAUCCCUUCAGGUUAACGCCGAAUGCAGGUGUCUUUAAUUUAGAUGAUUUUCUUUCAACCCUAGAACACUCUGGGCCUCAUUUGACAUCUACUCUUAAGGGGGAUUGGAGAGGGUUAUAUAGACGAUUUUUCUACACACCCAAUUUUAAUGGCUGGUAUAAAUCACGCAGAAGUGAACUGCAAUUAGCUUUACAAAAAAUACAAAUGCAAACAUUAAGCAGUACUAAUUUUAAAGUGUGGGCCCAAGAUAAACAGGAAGUGGAAAUUGUGGAUAUGAUGCUAAAACUUAAACAGAAACUAAAUCUUUAUGCCAAUAAAUCGAGUAAAUUAAACUAUUUAAAUGACAUCAAUAAUACUGGCACAAAAGUUCAAUUAAAAUUACAAAUUAAUUGUUUGAGGGAAUCACUACCAAUAGAUAUAAAAGACGUUGUCAAUAUUUAAUUAGUAAAGCUCAUUUAAUUAAAAUAUAAAUAAUAUAAGAAGCAUUUCUUUAAACUUCAAAGUUGUACUACAAAGAAGUUAUUGACAUAUAGGAACAAAUUGCAUACUUUAUAUCUACUUUUUAGCCCCAUUAAAUGAAGUGACAUUUGCUGGGAAGUGUAAAACAAGUAUUGAAGAAAUUGCUAAUCCAAAUUUUUUACAAGUUCUUUUACUACUAUAAAGGCAAAAUAGAUAAUCCCAGAUACUCCAGUUCUUGCUCACAUUUUAAAGCAUCAUUUAGGUCACUUUUAUGAAAGAUAUUGGUGGCCAUAAAACAAAAAUGAUUUCUUUAAUAUUCUCACACAUAAAUAUUUUGAAUAUAGUACUUUAAUAAGAAAUUGAACUUGCGUUCUGAUACUUUUCAACAGAGAAGUCCUGUGGAAGAAUGGAAACUUAUUUUAGAGUUUUAUUUCAGUAAUCAUGAGAGAGAGAGAGAUGUGAGCCCUAGGUACCAAGUAAGCUGCUUGGUGACCAGGGCCCUGUUGCACCAACACUUUUCACUUUGCACUUUGCAAAACUUAUGAGUGACUUUUUU